GGGGUGAAGACACUCGCAAAACUUUCACUAACCAGCUCUAUGAGGCUUUGGUUGAUGUGGGUCUUCGUAGUUUUAUGGAUGACAAUGAGAUUGAAAGAGGAGAGAACAUUAAGUCUGAACUGGAUAAAGCUAUCCACCAGUCAAAGGGAUCAAUCAUUGUUUUGUCGAAAAACUAUGCAUCUUCCAGCUGGUGCCUUGAUCUUGUCAUGAUCCUGGAGAACAAAAAGAACAGAGGACAUGCAAUUCUUCCUGCUUUCUACUAUGUUGAUUCAUCUGAUAAAUUGCUGGAAAAUUCAGAAGAUGGUCAAGCAUGGGCUAAGCGGAUCGAAGGGUGGAGGAAAGCACUCAAAGAGGUUUCUAGUCUUGGGGGGAUGACUUUACAGGGCCAAACUGAAAG